GUGAGAGGCCCGGCCAUGGCGGCCCCGGCCCCCUCCACGUCGGGCGCGGCGGGGCGCGGGCCCAUCAAAGGCAUCCUGAAGAAGCGGGGCUCAGGCGGCAGCGGCCUCCCGAGCAGUGCGCAGCCUCCGGCGCCGCCCCCGCGCCGCCCCGCGCCCGGGCCCUUCGAGGACGAGCAGGGUAAAAAGUCCCAAAAGUGGGAUGAAAUGAACAUCCUAGCUACAUACCAUCCAGCAGGCAAGGACUAUGGUUUAAUGAAAAUAGAUGAACCAAGCACUCCCUACCAUAGUAUGGUCGGAGAGGAUGAUGAAGAUGCAGUGAGUGAUUCAGAAUCGAAUGAACCCGUAACAGCAGAUGUGUUAGCUAAAAAGUUAGUGGCAGCUGAAGGUAAAGGACCCAAGAUUCUAGCUCAAGAAGAAGAGUGCAGGGAGGAGGAGGAAGAGGAAGAGGAUGAAGAGUUAACGCCUGAAGAACGAGAAAAAAAGAAACAGUUUGAAAUGAAGAGAAAAAUGCACUACAACGAAGGACGAAAUAUCAAAUUGGCUAGGCAGCUAAUUGCAAAAGAACUACAUGGUGAGGAGGAAGAUGAGGAUGAUGACGAAGAUCAAGAGAUGCACGAUGCUGUAGAUGUAGAAAACAUGAACACAGAAACCCCUGAACCUGCACAUGCUACUAGUGACCAGUUGGAGAAUAGAGCGCACAUCAUAGAAGAAAUCUGUCCAGAACUGUAACUGCUUGUCAAAGCUACAAACUUAUACAGUGCUUCAUGGUUUUGCGAAUCUUAAGUAUUGAGAGGCAUAUCAGUUAUAGUGUUGUAUUGCCAAGAAUGUUAACUUUACAGACUCUUAUAUUAGGCAGAAAAGCUGCCUGACUGGUUAUUCUUGUGCCUAGUAUUUCAUGGAGAGUACUGCUUCAUAAUCCAUCAAACCAGAAAUUUGAGACAAAUUAACUUGCAUAGCAUAUUGUCACUCCACAUGCUUUAAAACAUACAAAAAAUCAGUAUCUUUAGUUUUGUUGAUUAUUUAUUUGACACUGUUCUAGAUGUGGUAUCUCUUGUAGUAGAAGGGUUUUGGAAUUCAAGAGCCAAACAGUACAGUAAAUUACAGGUUGAUAUGUAUUAUCAGGUGAAUUUAGCAGUUAAAAAGGGAUUAUUUUAGUAGUGUAACUUUUUGUAGAAUUUUUCUGACCUGUUAAUCUAGAUGUCAGUAUGUCAUGACUCCUAUUUUCUCAAUCUUUAUAAGAGAAGAGCUGAAUUAUUUUUGUGGUUUAAAAAGAAAUCUGUUUGGAAUAGGUUACUAGUUCCUGAUUAAGACAACACUAACAACUGGUGGGAUAUUUGUACACUAGAGAUGUGCAGACAUUGAUUUUGCAUCUAAUUGUGAUGAUCUCUUCCCUUGGGGAUAGAUGGGUUUUGGAACUUUCCUUAUUUAUCUGUUCCGAUCUCAAAACUUCUCUCCAAUAUUUUCCACUUCAGGCCCCCCAAACGUCACUCUCUACUGAUUCCCUUAAGAUCUGCCUUAGAAUUCUUUGCACCUUCUGACUUGCUGUGACAUGAACUUAUGCUGCUAGCAUCUGAGGAUAAGUAGUUGUGUGAGCAAAUCUACUUCAGUACUAUGGAGAUGGAAUGGCGUAGCUUUGUAUCGUGCCAGCCUUCCACUCCACCUAGGUAACUGCUGAUGACCUCAUUCCUUCUUGGGACUUGUGAUCUGUAUAUUGAAAACCACUGGUCUAGAAAUUUCCCGAUCCAGUGUAACUUGCAGCAGCUGCUCUUGUAAGAUGAAGGCUGUUUGGAAGAACAGAAGGGAGGUUGUCAUAUAAUGUCUAAUUUACGUGCUGUUAACAGUGUGGUUCUAUAGCCCGGAUGGAGAGAGAGUUCUGAACCUGCAGUUUACUGUAAACAAGAACAUCCCCCUCAAAAGAUCUUGACUAUGGUGUGGAUGUACUAGUAUUCAGAGUAGCACUUGGUUUUAUUCGCAAAUGAAGUACACUUAAAGCUGUGGGUUGGUCAUGGAAUAUUUUGUAUUCAAUUAUGUCUGUAUUUCUCUUAAAUUUGAACUAAAUUUGAUACGUUCCAAAAGUCCAUAAUUAUACGGACCUAUUUUAAAAUGACUUCCUGUCCACUGUAUUUGUGAAGUCUGAAUAAAAGAAUGAAAAAGUGACUUUACAAUUA